AUGACUAUUGAAUCCUCCUACCACUCGACUUCCAAUCGUCGCAAGCGUAGUCGCGAGGAAGUUUCUCCAUCCGCUUACCAUCAUCAUUGUCAUCAUGAUAGUCAUCAUCAUCAUCAUGAUGAUUCUUCCAAUGCACCACCCACGGCAAAGACAUCCAGACCAGACUGGUACUUGAAUCGAAUGGACCAUCGUCUGCAAUGGGCACUGAAGUGUUCUCGAGAAGGAAAUGUACGCAUGAUGGACUUUUACCUGAGCCAAGCCAAGAAGGAUGCUGUCGCAUCUCAAAGCUACGGUGACGCCUUUUUGCAGUGGGAAUCCUGGAUUCGGGGACAGCUACAACAAGAUUAG